AUGGCCGAUACUCAGGAUAAAUAUGUUUUCGGUAGAGACAAGCAGGAAUCGAAAAGGCUCAAUUCGCAGCACAACCUGCUAUUGAAGGUGACCGAUAACACCCUGAUCCAUCCGUCAAUUCCCCAAGAAAGUGUGCAUUCUGUUGCAGAUGUAGGGACUGGAACUGGUAUCUGGCUGAGAGAUGUUUCCAAACUCUUGGAGACAACCAACCCCAAGUGUUACUAUCAUGCGUUUGAUAUCUCGGCGGACCAAUUUCCUGAGCAGCCAGGAAAUAUCCAAUUUGAGGUCCAAGAUAUAACAUUGCCGUUCUCCAAAGAACAUUGGCAUCGUUAUGACGUGGUCCAUGUGAGACUACUUGUUGCUGCUCUCGAGGAAGUCGACUAUAAAGCUGCAGUCACCAAUCUCUCUGCUAUCUUGAAGCCGGGCGGCUUUCUUCAAUGGGAAGAAAUCGACGAGGAAUCAUACAAAUCAGCCGACAACCCGGUCAUUUGGGAGAUUCAACGUUGUUUCAGUCUUGCAUUGAAAGCUGAGGGUAAAUGUUUCGCUGCAUCAGCCAAGGUCUACGAGGAGUGCAAGGCAGCUGGUUUCCUGGAUGUUGUGCGGUUAGCUUACCGCUCAGACUCGAAACCCGAUAUUCGCCACGACGUAGACAAAAGGCUCGCUGAUAUUAUGGGAUCUUUGUAUGCAAGACUUUUGCUGCGUUCUGGGCAGGCUGCUGAUGAAGACGCAGCAUCGAAACAGGCUGAGGAAUUGGUCAAACAGCAUUGGAGUCUUUGUGCGGAGGGAAAGUCCCCACCACUCACCGUGAUGAGAGUUGUUGCCCAGAAGCCACUGGAUGAAUAG